AUGCGGGGUACGGACCAGCGUCUCUUCGAGAGCAGCGAGGCGUUCGAUGAGCCCUAUACCAUUGAUGUACUAGCACCUGCAUAUGAAGGCCAGGGUCUGUCUGGUGCAUCGCCCUAUCGCCUUACGCGCGAGGAAGUGCUCAAAGGAUUGGCGAACCGGUUUGUUCAUUCCACCACCUAUCUCUAUCUCUAUGCGAGCAUGGCGGGUCUGUCUUUCCUGACCGUGGCCAUGUCCCUGCUAUGGACAUGUCCUGGCCCGUCGUUUUACAUUCUCGAGUUACUAGUGAAUAUGGCCCUCGUGGGCGAAGUGGGUGUGCGUCUCGUCGCUUUUGGCAAACACUUUUGGAAAUCGACGUUCAAUGUGAUCGAUCUGUGCCUAGUUUUGUUGUGUGUCUUUACGCUCAUCGUGUUGUUUGUGGGACACGGAUGCUCACCCCUGUCCGAGAGACCCGGCAUGGGCGAGGAGCUGCUGGAUAGCGUGCUCCUGAUCGUACGCAAUGUGGUACAAUGCAUGCGCCUCUUGGGUGUGAUUCGCCGCAGCCGGCUCAACGUGACGAGCCGCAUCACCUCUAUCGAUUUGAACGAUGCACAGGGAUUCAAUCUGGACCUAGAUCUCGAGGAAGAGAAUUCUCGUGCACAGCAGCGCAUGCAAGAUGGACUUGGCGACCAUGCCGGCGAGUUCGUCGGCGGGGCAGCCCGCCCCGGAGAGCAUCCUCACGAUGCACGGGCCGGGGGACGAUUUAUAGCAGCACACGGUCGAUGUGGAGAAUGCCUAAUGACAUCCACGUCGGUGCCCCGCGGGGCGUAUCAGCACCUGCGAAGUGAGGAGGAUAUGGCGAUGCUCCUGGAUCGCUAUGAUAACUUUUUGUUUGACUGUGACGGUGUGCUGUGGUCGGGUACGGAGUCGCUACCCGGCGUAGCGUCUGUGCUAGAGAAGUUGCGGGCGCGUGGCAAACGCAUCCUCUUUGUGACUAACAAUGCGUCCAAAAGCCGUCGUCUGCUGAUCGAGCGUAUUCAGCAGGCCGGCAUCCAUGCGGAGAUUGACGAGGUCUUUUCCUCUGCGUAUGCAUCUGCCCUCUAUUUGAAGCAUGUCUUGCAACUGCCGCCCGACCGCAAGGUGUAUGUGGUAGGCAUGGCUGGCCUCGAAGAAGAGCUACAUGCGGUGGGCAUAUCCUACCUGGGUGGCACGGACCCCGCUGACUGCGCGCCGCUGCAGGGUCUCGACUUCUCGCCGCUGCACGCGGACGGCGCGAUCGAUCCGACGGUGGGUGCAGUGCUGUGUGGCAUUGACACGGCCCUCAGCUACCCCAAGCUGGCUAAAGCAUUUCGCUACAUCACGCGGCCCGGCGCCACAGGCACGGUCAAGGCGGGCGAGCUCGGGGGUGGCUGCCACUUUGUGUGCACCAACGAGGACGUGACGUUCCCAACGAAGGAGGGACUCUUCCCCGGUGCCGGAUCCGUCUGGGCCGGUCUGCGCGACUCCUCCAGGCGUGAUCCUAUCGUUGUGGGCAAGCCGAACCAGCCCAUGAUCGACACCAUCUUCGCCAGCAGCGACUUUGAAAAGUCACGCACGAUCAUGGUGGGCGACCGCCUGAACACAGAUAUUUUGUUUGGACAACGUGGUGGUAUCGACACGAUGUUGGUCCUCACCGGUGUGAGCCAGCUAGAGGACGUGGCUGCGCCGGACGCGCCGGCCGUACCCACGUAUGUGCUUGCCGGCCUGGGAUCGCUAGACGCUGUAGCUUAG